AUGGAGAGCUUCUGGAUGAGACUGGGUUCGGCAGUGACGUUGAUUGUGAUGCUGACGCUGGCGACCAUGGUAGAUCCUGCCGAGGGAGCGUUACACAAGGUCGGAGGCAGGUCCGGUUGGAUCGAGCACAUUAACUACACCGAAUGGUCCAGCCGCGAGCGCUUCUCCGUCGGAGAUUGGCUCUACUUUGUCUUCAAUAAGCAAAUGUACGAUGUACUAGAAGUGAAUGAGACGAGCUAUGAGAGCUGUAAUGGCCAAGGCUCCAUCUCCAACGUCACGCGCGGGGGACGAGAUGUGUUCGAACUCAAGGAAGCCAAGACUUACUACUUCAUACGUAGCAGAGGCUAUUGCUGGGGCGGCAUGAAAGUCUCCGUCGACGUCGCGGUUGCCUCACCAGCACCAGCUGCAUCUCCAUCCGGAGCCGCCCCUCUAUCACUGGUUAGCUCGUUACCCGUGAUCUUCCUUUUGAUUGUAACGGGCUUGUUGAGCCUCGAACCACCGAAAUGUUUGUAA